ACUACUCUUCCUCACUAUCUUGUCACUCAACCAUGGCAAAUUCCAUAAAGAACAAGUUUCACCCUAAAAUCACCCUAAUAUCUCUCCUUUUGCUAUUUUCUCCUAUUUUGGUUAACUCAUCAUACAAACCUAUUUACAAUUUAGCAAUCAAUUGUGGCUCCCCAACAAGCACUUCUGGCUUAGAUAAACGAAUUUGGGUUGGUGAUAAUAGUGAUAACCACGACAUGUUUUCCUUAGAUGAACCAAAACCCACAAAAGUGUCUCUUGCAUUACCACCUGAUUCGCUUUCAAAUGCCGCAAUUCCAUAUACAACCGCGCGUGUGUCUCUCUCAAAUUUCACAUACUCAUUUUCUGGCAUCACUAAUUCCACUGUUUUUCUUCGUUUUCAUUUUUACCCAACUUCUUACAACUAUACUUUUGAACCAUCUAAUGCCCUCUUUUCUGUUAUAGUAAACAAUAACAUUACCCUUCUUAAAAACUUCAACCCUUUACUUUGGCUUCGUGAUGAGGAACAAAUCACCAAAGAAUAUUGCAUCCAAAUCAAUCCUAACGAAAAGAUACACAUAACUUUCAUUCCCAACAAGGUAAACACAUCCAGUGUUUACUAUGCUUUCAUUAACGGAAUCGAAGUUGUGUCUAUGCCUUCUUUUCUUUACUACACUAACCCCGACGACUCAAAUUAUCAUAUAAAUUUUCUUAGCUUUGGCAACACCGCGGCGGAAUACCAAAUUAAUACUGACAAUGCAUUGGAGAUGGUUUAUAGAGUUAACGUUGGUGAUAAUCAAGUUCCAUCAAGUGCUGAUACAGGUAUGUUUCGUAAUUGGGACUACGAUUUUCCUCGUUACUUGGAGAAACAAUAUCCACAAAGUGUAUUAGCGGAUUUGGUAGAUCAACUCAACUAUAAAAACAAUAUCAUUCCAAAUUAUACUGCACCAGAAGCUGUUUACUUAACUGCAAGAAGUUAUGGAAAGGAUGUGACCGAGGAAUAUAACGUAACUUGGAAUUUUGACGUUGAUUCUUCUUUUAUGUAUAUGGUAAGGUUACAUUUUUGUGAGUUUGAUUCGAAAGUAAACAACCAAGGCGAUAGAGUUUUUCAGAUUUUUAUAAAUGAUAUUUUGGCUGAGUAUCAAGCUGAUGUGGUAAGGUGGGGUAAUGGUCGUAUGGUUCCUGUUCAUAUGGAUUAUGCUGUGCGUAUGUUCUCUCAAGGAGGAAACUCUCAAAUUGAAAGAGUUAAUCUUUCAAUCAAGCUUCAACGACUACCAAAAACUAUGUUCACACGAUAUCGUGAUGUCCUACUGAAUGGAAUUGAGAUUUUCAAAAUAGGUGAUGCAAGUAACAAUCUAGCAGGAUUGAAACCCAAAUAUUCAUCUCAAAAGAAAAAAGAAUUACCAACUCCGCAACAAAAGUCAAAGAAAUCACACAUGGUCAUGGUUGUUGCUGCUGGAGUUUCGGGUCUCUUGAUAGCAUUAGCUGUUGUGGGAACAAUAGUUUUUGUUAGAAGGAGAAGAAGAUUUGAACCUCAUAUUGAAGUGGAAGAAAGUUCGUGGAAAUCAAGAAAAGAUGGUUCCUCAACUUUACCAUCCCAUUUGAGCCGCUAUUUUACAAUAGCAGAGAUAAGAGCUGCUACAAACAACUUCGAUGAUAUUUUUAUCAUCGGAGUUGGAGGGUUUGGCAACGUGUACAAAGGUUACAUCGAUGGAGCUACACCUGUUGCAAUAAAACGUCUCAAAUCGGGUUCUCAGCAAGGUGAAAACGAGUUCUUGAAUGAGAUCGAGUUGCUUUCUCAACUUCGUCAUAAUCACUUGGUUUCCCUCAUUGGAUAUUGCAACGAUGGUGUAGAGAUGAUUCUUGUUUACGAUUUCAUGCAGCGAGGUACUCUUCGUGAAUAUCUCUAUGGUUCGGACAAUGAACCUCUUACAUGGAAGCAAAGACUCGAGAUUCUAUUGGGUGCUGCGAGGGGGUUGCAUUAUCUUCACGCAGGUGCGAAGCACAACAUCAUACAUCGUGAUGUGAAGAGUACCAACAUCUUGUUGGAUGAGAAAUGGGUGGCUAAGGUUUCUGAUUUCGGUCUAUCAAAAGUAGGACCAACGGGGAUGUCAAUGACUCAUGUCAGUACUGUGGUGAAGGGUAGUCUAGGGUAUUUGGAUCCAGAGUACUACCUACGUCAAAGAUUGACUCUUAAGUCUGACGUGUACUCUUUCGGUGUGGUGCUUCUUGAGGUUUUGUGUGCAAGACCUCCUUUAAUGCGUUCUUUAGAUAAGAAAAACGCGAGUUUAGUUGUUCGUUUUCAAAGAUGUUACGAUGAAGGUGUGAUAAUCGAAGAGAUGGUGGAUCCUUUCAUAAAGGAUUCUAUAACGGAUGAGUGUUUGAAAUGUUAUUGUCAGAUGGCGUUGAGUUGCUUGCAUGAUGAUGGAAGUCAAAGGAUGUCAAUGAGUGAUGUUGUUGGGGCUUUAGAGUUUGCAUUGCAAUUGGAGAUGAGUGAGGAGGAUAGUAAGUUUGGUGGGACUCAAGAAAAGGAAAAAAGUGAGCAAAGGAUACAAUAUCCAAAGUUUGCGAGUGAUGAUGGGAGUGACAUGCGUUUCACAAGUAGUAGUGGUGACUAUGGGUCUCAUACCAGCAAGGUAAGCACCAUUUCAGUCACUAGUGAAGAUCAACCUUUGUUUUCUACUGAUGUGUUUUCUGAAGUUGGGAACCCAAAAGCACGGUAGAUGAU